AAGUUUGCGAAGGAGAAAGUUUAGACUACACGGUCCCAUCGUUCUGAAAGUUGAAUGUUCGUAUGGGGAGGAGUUAGAGGGCGUCAUGUAUAAAGAGAGCAGGUACAAACUCGCUGGAUCACAGUCCGUGUUGGAAUUUCAAGACGUUCACUCUUGCUCCUUUUUCUUUCUCUAAGACACUUUUUCCUCGUUCUCCUGUCAACGAAAAACAAAAUUUCCAGCAGUAUUAUUAUUUGAGUGAGAAUCGCUUUAGUUGACAUUAAAGUGACAACGCAAAUGGAUUUCGAAACGAUUGUGUAAUUACUGAUUGUUGCGUUACAUGCGUGCCAGGCAAACCCACGUGCAGCAAUUCAAGAUAUUUUGAAGUUUACCGAAACAUAAUAUCUGCAUUACGGCAGUGCAGUUUGCAUCGGACGAAAAAAAGCAAGUUAACGAUUCGUUAUCGACCAGCUAUUCGACACGAAACCAUGAAAGUCAUUAUUGUAGUUUUCCUCCUUUACCUAGUUUCGGUCGGCUGUUAUCAGGACACAAAGGAAGAAGGUGGUCAUGCUUCUUUAGACACGCCUAUGAGCGAAGAGUCUGAUAUCAGUAACACGACACAGCUGACAAGUGAAGAGGAGAAAGAAAAUGACCGAAAGCUCAUGGAACAAUGGACCCGGAUGUUCUUUAACAUGGGUAGAACCCCGCAACAGGGAGAGCAAAUUCUCAUUUUCCCGGGGCUCUUCAACGGUUCGACGACGGUGGAAGUGGCCAAACUGAGGGAGUUUCGCAGUUUCGACAAUUAAACGACAACUAAUAACAUUACCGUCCUUCCUGCGUACUUAAUUGAUGGGCAGCCAGAGUUGUCAGAAGUCCCAACUCCAGCGAGUGCGACAUCUCCAAGCUUUAUUGUCCUUUCUAAUGACAGCCGCUUAUUCUUCCACGACGAGGAAUACUUUUUUGAAGAUGUCGAAUCGCAAGACGAGGACCAGAGACAGCGACGACGUCUGCGCUCAGCACGCAACGAAAUGAAUCUUCUGAAUGCCGAUCACGAACAUAUUACUACCAUGAUCACGACCGUAUUCAGUACGGCGAGGAAUUACCUGAAUAACGAAACUGUGAGAUCAAAUGUCGUGCAGUAUCUGACGCACAAGAUGCGCUCUUUUGGGCUAGUCACGGGCAAUCAAAUAUUCCACCCCAUAGAAUUCGCCGCAUUGUUUUCAGAAGGGGAUGAAGGAGACGUUCCUAGUGGGACGAAUGUGAUUGGCAUAUUGCCUGGUGAACUUUGGGGAAGUCAAGAAGAUGAAGUCUUAGUUAUUGGAGCCCAUUGGGACACGGUUCCUUUCUCAGGUGGAAUGGAUGAUAACGGGAGUGGGGUCACGGCUGUCCUGGAGGUUGCGCGAGCCAUGACAGAAGGUGGUUGUCGCCCCAAGCACAGUGUCAUCUUUGUUGCGUUUGAUUUAGAAGAAGUCGGUUGCUUGGGAAGUAUUUUUUUUGUGCGUGAUUUUUUGAUUCAACAAGUCCUUCAACCGCACGGGGCUAAGCUGAAGGGCGCUUUCAUUCUGGAUACAAUAAUGAAUUAUAAUGAGACCCAGUUUUCACAGACACUGUCACCUGAAUGGCAAUCCGCCCUCCCUUUCUUUUGGGAAGAUAUACAGGCCGAAAACAAUACUGGGGACUUUUUAGCAGUUCUUUACAGAAAAGACGUAGAUGCUUCGUUGGCAGACACUUUGGCUUCCAACUGGAAAAGUGAUGGAAAACCAAGCAAGAAGAAAUCUCAAAGAGAUAAUACGGUUGACAGAAAUCCAAGAACGUUUCGAGUUAACAACAAAGAAAUAACAAUAAUGAAAACACAAGAUAAACCAAUAGAGACAGUAAAAUCAAGCAGCAGUAAAUAUCGCUUGAAAAAGGUACAAAUGGACUUGGUAGCUGAGGUGGGAGAAGAGCUUGAGCUUCUGACUGGCUGGAUUGAUCUUUUGCGAAGCGACCAUAGUCGAUUUUGGUACCACAACAUCGAGAGCUAUUCCCAUUCCUUUCCAGCGGUACUCAUUACAGAUACAGCACCUUACCGUGGGAUCAUGCAGGAAUGUUAUCAUCAAGAAUGUGACUCAUCAUCUGCGAAUGAGAAUUUGAAAUUUGCCAAUAUUCCAUUCUUGACCAAAACGUGCCAGGCAUUGAUAGAUACCAUGGUGAGCCUAAGUGAAUCAAAGUGCCUAUUCCAGUCUCAACAACAAGAGGGAACUAAAGGUCGUCGACAGGGUGCCAGUAAACAAAAAAUUUCCUCUUAUUCCUCCGGAUCCCGCACAACAUUUUUUCCUCAAAUUCUUAUGGUCACAAUUGCAUUAUUGUCACUCAAAUGACAAUCAUGUUAAGAAAGUGGUUGUAGUUCCUGUAUUUUUCCAUUGUAAUUACCAUAUUUAUUCCCAAGCGCCUUGACCCAAAUUAUUUUUCCAGACUCAAGAUGCCAAAGGGCUCAUAAAGAUUUAUCCGUUUUUAAUCUAACUGUACAGUGUGCAAUCUUGAAGAUAUGUGACUGUCAGUUUUCUCAUGCGUUUUUCUUUUAUUUCGAUUUUUUUAAAAAUUUUUGUUAUAACCGUUACCUUACAAUAAGUAAGCUACUAACUGUUCACCUGUGAUUUAUAAAGAAUAAAUUAGAAUGUGGUUCCUAUAAUUCAUUGUCUGUACCAAGGAUUUAAAUUCUUCACUUAAUUAUGCAACGCCUAUGAAAGUUUAUUAUUCUUAACUGGAUAAAAACACACAGUAAAAAGAAAUACAUAGACGGAAUAUUGGAAAAAAUUCCAUAUCAAAUUGAAUUCGAUGGCUGGUUUUCAACAUUAAAAGGCAUGCGGACAUCAAUCAAUAAUGAAAGCCCCAAUCCCGACUAGUAGUAGGCACCUGGCCAUGUCAACUAAUUUUUGGCCGAACUCUUGAAAUUCUGUACGAAAAAAAAACAC